AGAGAAACAACGCAAACUCUUUACAUUAGUGAGAGAACUAGAGAAUUCAGAAUUCCCAUGUUCAGUAAGAAACCCAUCCACCUCUUCAAACGCUUUCCCUCCUCUUUUCCAUUCUCUUCACUUUCACCUUCCAACUACCUUAACUGUCAUCUCCAAUCUCUCCUCUCCAACCAAACUUCAACUCUCCCACACCUCUCUCAAUCCCACGCUCUCAUUAUCACUUCUGGAAACUCAAACAACGUUUUCAUAGCCUCAAAGCUCAUCUCUUUCUAUGCCUCUCUCACCAAACCCGAAUCUUCCACCAAAGUAUUUGAUUCAGUUUCUCCCAAAGACACGUUCCUCUGGAACUCCAUAAUCAAAACCCACUUCUCCAAUGGCAGUUACUCCAAUGCCCUCCAGUUCUUUACCCAAAUGCGAGGCUCCGAGUUGGGUCCCAACCAUUUCACUCUUCCAAUGGUUGUUGCUUCCUGCGCCGAGUUGAAGUUGCUAGACCAUGGCAAGACUGUUCAUGGGCUGGCUUCAAAACUCGGCCUUUUCGCAGGGAAUCCAGCAGUUGGGUCAUCUUUUGUUUACAUGUACGCGAAAUGUGGUCGAAUGGGGGAUGCGUGCGUCAUGUUCGAUGAAAUUACUGAGAGAGAUGUGGUGUGUUGGACUGCGGUUAUAAUUGGGUAUGUGCAGAAUGGUGAGAGUGAGAAGGGUCUGGAAUGUCUUUGUGAGAUGCAUAGGAUUGGUGGAGAUGGUGAGAGGCCAAAUUUUAGGACACUGGAAGUUGGGUUUCAAGCUUGUGUGGAUAUGGGAGCUAUAGGAGAAGGUAGAUGUUUACAUGGUUUUGUUGUGAAAAGUGGAAUUGGAUGUUCAGAAGCUGUUAAGUCUUUGAUUUUGUCUAUGUAUUCCAGAUGUGGGACACCUGGUGAAUCCUUAGUUUUGUUUCGUGAAUUAAGAAAUAGAGAUCUUCUAUCAUGGACGUCGGUUAUUGGUGCUUAUGCUAGAUCUGGGUUGGUGGCAGAAUGCUCGUGUUUAUUUUGGGAAAUGCAGGAUGGUGAUAUUGUUGCGGAUGAAAUCCUUGUCAGUUGCAUGCUUUCAGGGUUUAGAAAUUUGACAAAUGUCAGGGAAGGAAAGGCAUUCCUUGGAAUAGUGACAAGGCAAAACUAUGGAUCAACUCAGAUGGUUUAUAGUGAACUGGUAUCCAUGUACUGCAAGUUUGGGUUAUUGACUCUUGCAGAGAAGCUUCUUAGUGAAAUGCAGCAUUGGGACAAAGAGUGUUGUAAUAAUAUGAUUUGUGGCUAUGCUAAGGUGGGACUGCCUGCAAAAUGUAUAGAAAUUUUUGGGAAGAUGCAAUGUUUAGGCAUUGAAGCUGAUUCUAGUAGCUUGGUGUCUGUGAUUUCUUCAUGCUUCCAGUUGGGGGCGAUCCAUCUUGGCCAAUCAGUUCAUGGCUACAUGAUUAAGAUUUCGAUGGAUGACAAUGUCUCGGUAGCCAAUUCACUCAUAGAUAUGUAUGGAAAAAGUGGUUAUUUGAACAUUGCAUUGAGAAUUUUUCGUGGGACACAUAGAGACAUUGUAACAUGGAGCACAUUGAUGUCAUCUUACACUCACAAUGGAAAUUUUGCUGAGGCCAUAGUCCUAUUUCAUAAAAUGAUCGCAGAGAAGGUUAAGCCCAACUCGGCAACAUUUGUAACGGUGCUUUCUGCUUGCUCUCAUCUCGCAUCUCUUAAAGAAGGAGAGAAAGUUCACUGUCACAUUAAGGAAAGAGGAAUAGAGAUCAAUUUGUCCGUUGCCGCUGCAUUGGUUGAUAUGUAUGCAAAAUGUGGGCAGCUCGAGAAAUCUAGAGAACUGUUCAACUCAAUGAAUGAGAGGGAUGCUAUUUCCUGGAAUGUCAUGAUCUCAGGUUAUGCUAUGCACGGACAUGCAGAAUCUGCAAUAGAAAUUUUCCACAACAUGGAAACUUCAAAUGUUAAACCAAAUGAAAUAACAUUCCUCUCUCUUCUUUCAGCCUGUAAUCAUUCAGGGCUUGUUGAACAAGGGAAGUAUCUGUUUGGUAGAAUGCAGGAAUUUUCUGUAAAGCCCAAUUUGAAGCACUAUGCUUGUAUGGUAGAUAUUCUUGGAAGGUCUGGAAAACUGCAAGAAGCUAAAGAUUUGGUUCUGUCAAUGCUCAUUACUCCUGAUGGUGGUGUAUGGGGAUCUCUGUUAGCUGCCUGUAAGAUUCACAAUGAAAUUGAAAUGGGUGCAAGGGUUGCUAAGCAUGCUAUAGAAUCUGAUCCAGAAAAUGACGGCUAUUAUAUAAUGCUGUCCAACCUGUAUAGUUCCAUUGGAAGGUGGGAUGAUGCUAUAAGUGUGAGAAAAAUGAUGCAGGAGAAGGGUGUGGGAAAGACAAAUGCAUGGAGUGUGGUGUAACUGAGUAUAACCCAACUCAUGGACGUGAUAAGUUUACUAGGGGAUAACAAGGAUCUACCUCAUAUGCGCUGAUAGAAGCUGAAGAAGUUGAUCCUUCUUUGUCCUGCAAUUUGCCCCACCAGCGAAAAUGAGGCUAUAACGGCUAGUCAACUAAUUGCACUGGAGAUAGCUGUCUUGGCCACUCUCUUCAACCUUCAGUUUUUUCUUCAAGCUAAAUUGUAAUCCCACCGGAGAACCCUGCAUAACUGCAUUAAGUGACAUAGUUAAUACUAAUAAGUCUUAGUGUUUAGCAUGCUAAGUAUUGUAACGGUAGUUUGUGACCCAAACGUGUUGGGGCAAAUAGGGUUCAGGGAUAUCUGGUGGUUGUUGAGAGCUUUAUACUGAUGUCCGGAACGUGCUCAGUCCUCAACCAACCUUCACUUUUUUCUUUGAGCUAUUCUGGAAUCCCACAUCGGGAAAUUCUGCAUUGGUGACUAACCUAAUGUUACCGAGUCCUAUGGUUUGGUAUGCUGAGCUCUGCCACGGGAGCUUCUGAUGGGGCAACGUGAUGGGUGCAAUAACGUGCAGGGAGGUCUGGGGGUAUCUGCAACGUGAGCCUUGCUGAGCAGCGAUGGUGGUAUUGAUCUAUGUAUAGGUCAUGGGACAACAUGCAGUACCCUUCAACCCACCUUCACUCUUUCCUUCUUACUAGUGAUAUUGGAUAUCAAUAUCGUAGUUGAAAUUUUCUGGUGCUU